UUAUGGCAUAGAGGUCUUCAUACGACUAUAUCAGGUUUGGUGGUUUAUGGAAAUACACUUCUUAUUAAAUCUGAAUCAACUUAAAGUCAGCAAAUUUUCAAGACAAGAAGGAGGAGAUGAAUUACGAAUUUGGGCGAGAAAGUGGUUUUAUCAACAGCCAGCCGUCGCUCGCUGAGUGCCUGUCAUCUCUCACAAGCCCUGUCGGUGAUGCAUUUCAAAGUUCAUCAAUCAAGAGCUCGGCGCUUUCACAGUCGACACUGAUUCCUCCUCCUUUUGAGCAGACCAUCCCUGGCCUGAACCCGGGCGUCCACCCACGCCACAGCCGCUCAAAGCAGGCUCUGGGAGGCUGCAGCCCGCUGCAGGCUGGAUCCCUACCCCCGGAGUACCCGUGGAUGAAGGAGAAGAAAAGCAUCAAGAAGAACCAGGCUGCUGCUUCUUCUGCUUCUGCGACAAGGACUGACUCCUCACCGCUCUACUUCUCCCCCCAAGGUUCACCAGAGGUCCCAGAGGGUGGUGGUGGUGGUGAUGUUGGCGGUGGAGGGGAAUCCCGGAGGUUGAGGACUGCGUACACCAACACCCAACUUCUGGAGCUGGAGAAGGAGUUUCAUUUCAACAAAUACCUGUGCAGACCAAGGCGAGUGGAAAUUGCUGCCUUGCUGGACUUAACAGAGAAGCAGGUGAAAGUGUGGUUUCAGAACCGGAGAAUGAAGCACAAGAGGCAGACCCACUGCAAGGAGAACCGGGACAGUGAGGGGAAAUACGCGUGCCUGGACGACGGGCCGGAGGACGAGUUUGAGCAGGCGGCGGACAGCAGCGCGGCCGGGACGCUCCUGGAGAGGGAGAGGUAUUUCCACCAGAAUACCUUGACUUCACAACAGCGUCAGAACGGGCACAAUGGGGGGAACCAAAGCCCGACUGUUACGCUAUUGAACAGCAAUGAGAAAAAUCUGAAACAUUUUCCAAACGCGGCACCCACUGUUCCCAUCUGCGGGUCAACAAUAGGUCCGGACAAUGAUAAUUCCCAGGGCCUGGACGUGUCUUUGCAGGAUUUCCACGUUUUCUCAUCCUCCUCCUCUUUCUCACCGAGUUUGUCAGAUUCACCACAAAGUCCCCUGGCUUUAUCAUCCGAAACUUUUGACCUUUUCUCAGAAACACUCACAACAAUCGACCUGCAAAACUUGAGCUAUUGAAAUAUUGCAACAUGUUUUAUUUUAAUGCAGCUUAAACACUCAGUUGUAGC